GCGGGCGGCGGUUACGCCGGCGGCGCAGGCAGCAGCGCAGCCAUGAAGUUCCUGUACAAGGAGGAGCAGCCGUUCGAGCGGCGCCGCUGCGAGGGCGAGAAGAUCCGCAAGAAAUACCCGGAUCGCGUCCCGGUGAUUGUGGAGAAAGCGCCCAAAGCCCGGAUAGGAGACCUGGACAAGAAGAAAUACCUGGUCCCGUCAGACCUCACAGUUGGACAGUUCUACUUCCUGAUCCGGAAGCGAAUCCACCUAAGGGCCGAGGACGCUUUGUUCUUCUUCGUCAACAACGUCAUCCCCCCGACCAGCGCCACCAUGGGCCAGCUGUACCAGGUAGGGUGCCAGGGGGCGCU